UCUGUUUUGUUUUGUUUUUCCAUUUCGCAGCACACACUCUCUCUCUAGUUUUUCACUUCCAGUGGAAAGCAAAGACCAGCUGCACAAUCCGCACGGCGUUCUGCUGCUGCCAGAUCAACGGAAUAAUCAGAAUUAUGCCGCUAAUGUGGUGCUGUGCGCCAACGUCACCACCGCCGGAAGCGGUGGUGGGUACGUUAAUGGCAAGGAAAGAUGGAAGCUUUAGGAGUGUGGUGAUCAAUGUGAGGGGUGCAGGCACAAAUAAUGGGUUCCCAUCGUUUCUUCCAAAGGAGGUUCAGAAAAUUAAGGACCCAUAUGCCAGAAAGUUGGCUCAGAGGAUGGAGAGGCUCCCUGUGUCGAGGUAUUACCCCUGCAAACAUAGUGUGACUAAUGGGGCAAGCCGGUUGCGAUUGCAGAUUGCAUCGUCGGAAAGUUGUAUCAUGAGUAGUUGUGUAAGGCCUCUAAAACAAUGUGAGAUCAAUCCGGUGGUUCUCCUCCAUUGCUUUGACAGUUCUUGUUUAGAAUGGAGGUGCGCGUACCCCCUGCUUGAAGAGGCCGGUUUGGAGGCUUGGGCCGUUGAUGUCCUUGGGUGGGGCUUCUCUGAUUUAGAAAGGUGUCCACCAUGCAGCGUAGCAUCCAAGCGGCAUCACCUCUAUCAGUUUUGGAAGUCCUACAUCAGAAGACCGAUGGUAUUAGUUGGACCAAGCCUCGGUGGUUCUGUUGCAAUUGACUUUGCAUACCACCAUCCAAUAGCUGUUGAAAAGCUGGUUUUAAUCAAUGCAAGCGUUUACGCAGAAGGCAUCGGAGACAUGGCAAAGUUACCUAAAGCUGUGGCCUAUGCUGGGGUUUCUUUAUUGAAGAGCACCCCUCUACGCUUCUACGCAAGUAUGUUGGCCUUCAACAGCAUUUCAUUAGCUACAACCUUUGAUUGGACUAAUGUCGGACGCUUACACUGUUUGCUGCCUUGGUGGAAAGAUGCAACGGUCAGUUUUAUGACUAGCGGAGGCUAUAAUGUCGUUUCCCAAAUAAAACAGGUGAAGCAGAAAGUACUAGUGAUUUGCAGCGAGCAAGACAAUAUUAUCAGCUACAAACAAAUAUUGAGGCUGCGUUGUGAGCUUCCGUCUGCAAUCAUGCGUCUAAUACCGGAUAGCGGUCAUCUCCCUCACGUUGAUAAUCCCGCCUCCAUUGCAAAACUAAUCGUAGGGUUUGCUCGGAAUGGUCGUUGCUGAGAGAAUCCCACCUCUGGUCCUCUGUGGUAGAAUUAUAGGACUUACUCCCUGCUAAGAGGCUCGUUCUUCUUCUUAGCAAUACUAAGUUUUUCUUUGAACACUUAUUUUUUUAUAGUUGUAAGUUAAUGAAAAACUUAGCGCAAAACCAAGUGUAAUGAUGUUAUAUAGUUCAUACAGCCGACCCCACGUAAUGGGAUGAAGCUUCGUUGUUGUUGUUGUACUUAUUUUUAUAGUUGUAGUUAUAGGUCCAGCACUUAACAUUUAUCAUAUUUGUUUAUAUAAUAUGAAUCUGAAUAAGAGAUUGAACAGCUAA